UAGAUGACAUAGGUGAAAAUUGGAAAAAAAUAAAUGAGAGUGUGUAGGCCCCAGCUUGCAUUCAUUACAACAUUUCCCCUUCCCUCUUUCUUCUUACUUUUCAAACCACUCUGGAGCCAAAUGCAUUUUUUCAAACUUCCAACAUUUCCCCUUUCCCUUUCUUGCCUGCCUCUGUAAAUGGAACAACCAAAUCUAACACAGCUUUCUUGAGCUUCUGCAGGUUCUCGAUGGGGUGUUUUCUAGCUUGUUUCAGGUUUCAUAAGCGUCGGAAGAAACGCCGAUCACCGGUAGAUGGACUCACAGUUAGCAACCAAAUACAUCUAAGCUACGAGCCUUUAGAUUCCUCUCAGAUAACAGCUUGUGAUGUUACGGACAAGCUCGAGAUUCAGAAUUCUAAACCGAGGGAUAGAUCUAAGGAGCAGGCUUGGGUCAAAAUCAGGAAGAAAGUUAGCUUUAAUCUAAACGUCCAGACCUACGAACCUGUUCCAGAUGAUCAAUAUUUCCUGGAGAGUGAUGAAGAGGUAAAAACCAAAGAACAUAGCCAAGAAGCAACCGCUAGAACGGAUUCUACUUCACUCACAGACAAGGAGUUUACGACCUCGAAUUCGGGAAAUUACCCUCAAAACCACAGAUACCAGAAUUGUGCGGAUAGUUGUGACGACGAAGAAGAUGAUUUUGGAUAUGGUGAAAGUGAUUUGGAAGACAGUGAAAUUGAUGAAGAACAUGAUGAGUUUGAAACUAAUAGUGUAGACAGGAGCCAACAAGUUCAUUCUGUUCUAAAACCAAUAGAAAAUCUUACUCAAUGGAGAACAGCUAAAGCAAAAGCAGGGACAAUCAGUAAGCAGCAGAUGAACAACAAGGUUAAGACAUCAGAGCAGCCACAAUCUCCAGCAUUUUUCAGUUUAAAUGAAUCGACAUUGAAUUCGAGACUAAGUUCGAGCUUACCUGAUACUCAAAAGCAAGAAAAGCCGGUGCAUUCGAGCCUCUCGGAUUGGUUGUCUGAACUGCAUAAAGGAUAACCAGUCAUUAGAUUCAUGUGUAGAAGAUUGUUUGUAUUUUUCUUUUUUUGAAUGAUUUAUUAUGAUUUGUUUGGUAAGUUUGUUGAUGCCUGAAGAUGUAAGAUUUGCUUUCUGUUGUUAGACAAAAUUGUUUGAUCAAAUAACAUGUUCAAGAGUUGUCUUACUGAUC